UGUCGCUGUUCUUUCCCCCCAUCUCUCUCUCUCUUCUCUUCCCUUCAUCCACUUUCCAUCCUCGACAUGGCGCCGUUCUUACAAUGGGUCGGCCCCGUUAUCGUCGCGGCGCACCUCCAGCUGAUCAGGUACCUGGUGCGCACGCACUACAACGCCCUUCCCCUCGCAGCCCAUAAACUCGAGGUUUACGCCUCUUUGGCUGCUGUGAGCGUGCUCUCGUCCGCGGCGUUCUCGUUCAUUCCGCCCGCCAAGCGGCCCAAGGAGUCAAUCCACCUCUUCUUUGCGGCCUACGCUGCCGCCUUCCCCGCGCUCGCGCGCAGUGGACGCUGGAUCGCCGAGUUGGCUGGCGAACUGGGGCCUGAGUGGGGCGCCGUAGUUACCCAGGUGGUGCUGUGUGCACCUGUUGUUGCUUUGCUUUUCCCCUUCUGCACACCGCCUGUGACACGCCAGGGCGCCGCGCGGCCUUUCGUGGCGCUCUGCGCCGCUGCUAUUCCCGUCAGCCUGCUCGCAUGGGUUAGCGACAUCAUGGAGAACAACCUUUUCUUCGCUGGUGCGCUCGCUGACGAGCCGGAGCUUGGCAUGCUCGGCAUUUGCAUGAUGGUCAACGCUCUUUCCGUCAUUUACCUCUGGAUCCCCGAGCCGGACGCGCAGCCGGCCGGUGUGGUCGACUCGGGAUUGAAGGGCCUGGACAAGACUGACAAGGACGAGAAGACGAAGGCGACUACGAAGCAGGACAAGAAGGCCGAGAAGGCCGAGAAGAAGGCCAAGAAGGCUCUUCAGGAGGCGAAGGACGCGCAGCCACCCACCGACCGGCCUGUGGCGCAUGCGUACCCCACCCGCCGUCGUCCCUCUCCCCUCGCUCUUGGUCUUCGCGCUCUGCCCCUCUUGACGGCGUUCGCUGGCUUUGCGAUGUACAAGCAGGCUCCAUUUGCCGAGGACGGUGUGCGUAUCCACAAGUCUGUGGCGAGCGUCACCGGCCGCAUUGUCGUUGGUGACAACGUGGGACAGGGCUACCGCUUCCUUCGUAACGACAAGACACUCAUCGGUGGCGUUUGGAUUCGCGACAACAGCGACCCCACUGGCCUUAGCGCUGAGCUCGGUGACAGUGUCUUCGCUGCCAUGCCGCUGCAGGAGAUUGGCCUGUUGGCACGCACGCCGAAGAAGGACGACAAGGUCUUGGUUCUCGGCCUUGGCGCCGGAAUCGGGGCUAGCUACUACAACAAGCGUGGGCUCGACGUUACUGUCGUCGAGGUGGACCCUGCUGUCGCGGACGCCGCCAAGGACUACUUUGGCCUCCCGGACGUCAACAUUGAGGUUGAGGACGGCGCGCUCUGGGUGCACCACAAGGCGAACGAGAGCACGCGGUACGCGUACAUCGUGCACGACGUAUUCAGCGCGGGCGGCAUGCCGGCGCACCUGUUCACGAAGGAGUUCUGGUCAGAAGCCCGCAGCCUGCUGACGGAUGACGGUGUCAUCGUCAUGAACAUUGCUGGGCCGGUACACGGCCCGCUGACGCGUCGGAUUGUCGCGACGCUCGUCAGCGAGAUCCCGCAGUGCCGCGCGUUCUCGGACGCGUUCAAGCAGUCGGCGAAGGACAGCAAGGUCAAGAACUUUGUGUUUGUCUGCUCGCCUGCCGGUGUGCCCCAGUUCCGCAAGGCGACCAAAGCGGACACGCUGGGCUCGGCCAGCCGCGCAGACGUGUACGGCGCAUUCGAGAAGAACGAGGUGCCCCUCGCCGAGUUCCUCAAGACGGAGAACGAGGCCGAGCUCGAGGAGAAUGUGAUCCUGCGCCGCGGCGAGAAGCGCGAGGGCAAGUGGGACAUCGAGCUUGCGAAUGAUGUGUGGGAGAGCGUGCGCAGCCUCAUGCCACCCGCUCUUUGGGUCGCGUACUAAUUGAUGUCGGAGAACGGGGAGGAAAGAAGUGGAGUCGCGGAGUCGUGGAGUCGUGGAGAGCUGUUGUCGCAGAUGCCAUCUACCCCAUAGUCCAUUGCCAAUGCACAUAAAAUACAUCUCGU